CUUCGAACGUGUUAAUUAUCCUCCCCGCCAUAGCUCUCUUUCUCUUUCUCUUUCUCACCAUGUACGGUAGCCGGAAAGAUAGCUCCGACACGCGUGUUAAAUAUCCUCCUUCCCCGUCCCCAAGCUCCUAUUCUACCAGCUCAUCCACAUCCUCAUCGAGCCGGAACCGAGUUAGAACUGCAGCGAGAUCCGUCGCCGGAGUUUUUGUAGCGUGUUUUACACCACCGGAGGAGGAGACGCCUCAUCAUAGCAGACAUAGCUCCUCUGCGUUUGGUGGUUCGGACGCGUUCAGUUCAGCCUCAGAUAUUUCGGGGGCUUCAGAUUCAACCGAAGGAAAGAAGCGACAUCGUAGUAUCUACAAUACAGUUCGGAAUGAUUCACCACACUCGAAAGAGCCCGGAAGUGUAAAGUUCAGUAUGGCGGACAUCCAUAAGGCAACAAAGAACUUCUCACCGACUCUAAAAGUUGGACAGGGCGGAUUCGGUACUGUAUAUAAAGGUCAACUCCCAGAUGGAACCCUCGUUGCCGUUAAACGUGCCAAAAAGAGCAUGUAUGAUAAGAAUCUAGGAGGCGAGUUCCAGAGUGAAAUUCAAGCGUUAUCAAAGGUAGAGCAUUUGAAUCUGGUGAAGUGUUAUGGGUACUUAGAGCAUGAAGAUGAAAGAAUCGUUGUUGUGGAAUACGUUCCUAAUGGGACGCUUCGUGAACACUUAGAAUGUUUCAAUGGCAAUGUUCUUAGUCUUGACUCUCGUUUAGAUAUCGCUAUAGAUGUAGCACACGCCAUAACCUACCUCCACACUUAUACAGAUCACCCUAUAAUACACAGGGAUAUAAAGUCUUCAAAUAUACUUCUGACUGAAAAACUGCGAGCCAAAGUUGCCGACUUUGGUUUUGCAAGGCUAGCAGCGGAUGCUGAAUCAGGUCAGACACAUGUAUCGACUCAGGUUAAAGGGACAGCUGGCUACUUAGAUCCCGAAUACCUCAGAACAUAUCAACUCACAGAGAAGAGUGAUGUUUAUUCCUUCGGUAUAUUGCUGGUUGAGCUCGUUACAGGUCGGAGGCCAAUUGAACCCAAACAGGAACUUGAUCAACGCAUCACAGCACGAUGGGCCAUGAAGAGGUAUGCGGAUGGUGUUGCUAUUUCAGUAUUGGAUCCGAGAUUAGAAAAGUCGGAUGCAAAUGGUGUGGCUCUUGACAAGAUUCUGGAACUGGCUUUACAAUGUGUUGCUGCUCAUCGAAGAAACAGGCCGACAAUGAGGAGAUGUGCUGAGGUUUUGUGGAACGUUCGGAAGGAAUACAAACAACUGUUAGUUUGAUUUGAAUAUUCCAAAUUUGUGUAAUUUUGUUAUUUUUAAAUUUUUAUAGAGGUGAAAAAAAAUUGAUGUGAACAAAUAGAAGUAAGCUCAUAAUUGGAAAGAUGCUUGCUAUGAAGUUGUCUUUUUCGUUGAAUUGGUGUUUUCCAUUUUCAACAAAUGGAAAAAAAAAAAAAAAAAAAAAAAAAAAAAAAAAAACAUUUGUUUUGGGGGUUGCGUUUAGAGCCAGGCGUUUUGUACAUGUGUUUAUCUUUCAUUAAAACUUGUAUAUUAUAUUGAAUUCUAAUUUCUUUUUUCUUCUUA